AUAAAUGGUAUAUAUCGCAGGCGCAGAGAAAUGGUAUAAAUAGGAAAUAUUGCUCCUUCGUUCCUCUGCUUACACUGUGAGUAAUCGCAUUUGUCUGUGAUUCUGGAGAGGAUCUUUUCUUCAACGAAAUGGCGAAGAAGAAGAAAGGUAGGGUUUCUGAAGAAAACAAAGAGGAAGAUCAGAACCAAGAGGUUCUCAGACAGUCUCCGAAGAAAGAGAAAAGUUUGUAUGAGAUUCUUGGAGUGGAGAGGAGUGCAUCUCAACAGGAAAUAAAGAAAGCGUACUACAAACUGGCAUUGCGUCUUCAUCCAGAUAAGAAUCCUGAUGAUGAGGAAGCCAAAGAGAAAUUUCAACAACUCCAAAAGGUGAUAUCAAUUCUUGGAGACGAAGAGAAAAGGGCACUUUACGAUCAGACUGGUUGUGUUGAUGAUGCUGACCUUCUUGGGGAAGUGUCUCAAAAUCUGCAAGAGUAUUUCAGAACAAUAUACAAAAAGGUCACUGAAGCUGAUAUUGAAGAGUUUGAAGCAAACUACAGAGGAUCUGAUUCAGAGUUGAACGAUUUGAAGGAUCUAUAUCAGAAGUACAAGGGUAAUAUGAGCAGGCUCUUCUGCUCAAUGAUCUGUUCAGAUCCUACCCUGGACUCACAUCGAUUCAAGGAUAUCCUUGGUGAGGCAAUAUCAGCUGGAGAGCUGAAGGAAACCAAAGACUAUCGCAAGUGGGUGCAGAAAGUGUCUGAAACACGACCACCUAUCAAUCCUCUUAAAAGGAGGGGAAACAGAUCUAAAAAACAGUCAGAUACAGACCUAUAUGCUAUCAUUUCUCAGCGACAAGGCCAGAGGGAAGAACAAUUUGAAUCUAUGUUCUCGUCAAUUGUGGCAAAAUACAAUGGGGGUCGGUCAAAUUCUGAACCCACUGAAGAAGAAUUUGAAGCUGCAAGGAAGAGGGUUGAAAGUCGUAAGCCAACUAAACAGGCAAGACAGAAAUGAACAACUAGUACCAGUCUAUAAGAGCCCUUCAUGGUCUGGGUAGACGUUGUAAAUUUCCUUAAUCUUUUUAUUUGUCCAUCUGACCUCAUCCUGAGUGAUUAAUUUUCUUUUGUGCUUUGUUUGUUACAUAAUGCAUUCUUGAAUUUAAUGCUCAAGGUGUCACUCUGCAGCUGUAGAUAUAUGACUUAGGAUCGAGUUGGUCCUGCCUCACCUGGGGUUGUGAUUGGGAAUGUACAGUUGGGAGGGAGGGAUUCUGUGUACUAUCAAAAUAGUGGUUUUAUUUCUUCA